AUGCCUAAAGAUCAUAAGCGCAAACGGGAAUCCUCCGACCAGAAAUCUCGAAAGUCCCCGAAAGUUGACACAGAGGAAAAUCCAGUCGAUAUUGAUACCUCUAAACCUACUGCCGUCUUCAAACCGACAGGUCCUCGUUCUCAUACACUAAGCAUUGCUCUGCCAGGGAGUGUCAUUGCCAAUGCCAAGUCUCACGAUCAGAAGACAUAUCUUGCUGGACAGAUAGGAAGAGCUCUAGCCGUUUUCUGUGUCGAUGAAAUUGUCAUCUUCGACGAUGAAGACGCCGCCGCUCAAAAAUCGCGUCGAGUGGUGGGCGACAACGACUAUACCGCAUUCUCUCAUCCAAAUCAUUUCCUAGCACACAUUCUCUCGUUUCUGGAAACACCACCUCAUCUACGCAAAACACUCUUCCCCAUGCAUCCCAACCUUCGAACUGCAGGGACUUUACCUAGCCUAGACAUGCCACAUCAUCUAAGGGCCAAUGAGUUUUGCGAAUAUCGAGAAGGUGUCACACUGGCGCCGUCAGCUGGAACCCAGGGCUCCUUGGUCGACGUUGGACUCGCUGAGCCAUGGUCAGUGGAGGAUCAAGAUAUCCCUCCAGGCACCCGGGUCACGCUUCGCCUCGACAGCUCUGACUCCACAGCAGCAUCAGCAGUCUCUCCCAGUACUCCACGAGAGGAAUCAGGUUAUUACUGGGGCUACACAGUACGUUCUUGCGACAGCUUGUCCAAUGUCUUCACGGAGUGCCCUUUCGAUGGAGGGUAUGACAUUUCUUUUGGAACGUCAGAACGAGGCACCUCUUUGGAAGACACCAUGGGUCAAUUCGGUCUUGUUGGUCCUGAUGCUCCCAAUUUUGAACAUGUCUUGGUUGUCUUUGGUGGAGUUGCAGGCCUCGAGACUGCGGCUAGGAACGACUCUGCUCUCCAGCAAAUGCGAAUCAAUGGCAACAACGUCAGUGAAUUGUUUGAUCACUGGAUAAAUGUCCUCCCUGGACAGGGUAGUCGAACCAUUCGAACUGAGGAGGCUGUUUGGCUUGGAUUGAUGGGAUUAAAGCCUUUUGUCAAUAGCCUUGGUAACAAAGUUUGA